GAAGACGAGAUAGAUCGUGGGGCGAACCUUUUCGUGUCCGUGUCUGUGGGCCCCCGUCCAGCUCCGCAUCGCCCGCUUCGAACGAAGAAGAGUCACCGCCCCGCUCCGGCGACCUGUACAGCGGCGAGCCUCCCCAGCGAUCUGGGGCGACCGGCUAGUCGCAGCAGGGGAGGACCUUCUCAUUGCAGCGGAUAAGACAAGCAUCCAGAUUGCUCAUGGCUCAAGAUCUCCGACGCUAGAUAUCUGGCUAUGGGCCAAUGGCCAGCGGUGCUGCUCUAGUUACUGGAUUCGUUCUUCCAGCCCGCACGCCUCCCGCGAAUCAUGUUCAUAGCAGGACACGGGGCUGUAGAUCUCUUCUGUUUCAUCACAAUCGUGCUAGAACUUAUCUUCCCUGCUCAGAUACACGCCGCUUGUUUGGCUGUGCGCCCGACCGUGGCCAUCUUAAAGUUGCCCGUGCUGAAGGUUAUCCCGCCAUGGAUGGGACAAAUUAUGGAAGCCCUUCAUCUAAACUUCAUACAAGACUGAGGCUUUGGGAGUUUCCUGACUGUUAUAUAUUUGAACCAAUUGAUGGCCUUGCUGACUUGUUCUUAUCAGUUAGCCGAGCCAAUGGAACAAUGAAUCUGGUUGAAGCGUUGCCGCCACGUGGAUCAUCAACACCUAAAGUUCAAACAGUUUAUGGUGUGAUAGGAGUGCUCAAGCUUGCAGUUGGAUCAUAUUUUCUGGUGAUCACAGAUCGUGAUUGUGUGGGAUCCUACUUGGGACACGCAAUUUUUAAAGUGACAGGACUAAAAGUUCUUCCCUGCAACAAUGCACUUAACACAACUUCUGCCGAACAGAAAAAAAUGGAAAGUGAAUUCUCGGAACUCCUGGAUGCUGCAGAGAGGACUAUCGGCCUUCACUUCUCCUAUGAUAUCAACCUUACACUUUCUGCACAGAGGCUACAUGAUCUUGGUGAUGAGUAUAAAUCACUUCCCCUUUGGAGACAGGCUGAACCAAGAUUUCUAUGGAACAGUUACUUGUUGGAACCUCUAAUUGAGAACAAGCUGGACCAGUACUUAUUGCCAGUAAUUCAAGGCAGUUUUCAAAACAUACAUGCAGAAGUUGGGUCAGAAAAGGUAAAUGUGACCCUGAUUGCACGUAGGUGCACCCGGAGGAUAGGUACGCGGAUGUGGAGACGAGGAGCUGAUGCAGAGGGUUAUGCUGCAAACUUUGUUGAAACAGAGCAGAUAAUGCAGUCAAAAGGAUUUACAGCAUCGUAUGUACAAGUUCGAGGUUCUAUGCCAUUCUUGUGGGAGCAGAUUGUUGAUUUGACAUAUAAACCUAGCUUUGACAUUGUUAGACAAGAGGAGGCGCCUCGUGUGCUUGAGCGGCACUUUCAUGAUUUGCAAAAGAAAUAUGGAGCUGUCUUGGCUGUAGAUCUUGUCAAUACAGGUGGCGGUGAGGGUCGCCUCCGUGAAAGAUAUGCAAAAUCUAUUGAACCUAUUCUCAGUGAAGAUGUAAGAUAUGUGCACUUUGACUUCCACCGAGUUUGUGGUCAUAUUCACUUUGAACGCCUUUCUCAGCUGUAUGAGCAGAUCAAAGAUUAUCUUAAGCAACAUAGGUACUUCCUUAUAAAUGAUAAAGGCGAGAAAAUUGAGGAGCAGACUGGCACUGUCAGAACAAAUUGUAUAGACUGUUUGGAUCGCACCAAUGUGACUCAGAGCAUGAUUGGAGGAAAAAUUCUGGAGAGCCAACUCCAACGGAUAGAAGUUCUUGGUGUUGAUGAUACAAUAAGCAACCAUCCAGCCUUUGAUACAAAUUAUAAAGUUUUGUGGGCAAAUCAUGGAGAUGCAAUAAGCAUUCAGUACUCCGGAACUCCUGCUCUGAAGGGAGAUUUUGUUCGGUAUGGGAAGCGAACUACUCAGGGAAUUGUGAAUGAUUUACGGAAUGCACUUGCUAGAUACUACUUGAAUAACUUUGUUGAUGGGACUAAGCAGGAUGCCAUGGACCUUCUUCAAGGACAUUACAUGACAUCUGUUAGUCGAGACAUGGCAGUGCCAAGAAAAGGAGGACUUCUAGAGAAUUAUGCGUCCUUCCGCCUCGCUUUUGCAUUAGUUAUGGGAGCUCUGAUGUUCAUGAUGAUGUCACUAAGGCAUGCCCGGAAUGAUGUUCGCCACUUGUUGCUGUCACUUCUGUGGGCUGGUCUUUGUAUUGGUAUCACACAUUUUGUCAAAGCCAAUGGUCGAACAUUCACUAACCGACCUCGGUUUCACCAGUCACGCCAUUGAUAGGUGCAAAGCAACUAUUUGGCUCAUCAAGUGAGUUGCCUCUUAGAUUGUCAUCAUUCAUCAAACUUGUCGACGCAUUGGUUUGUAAAGAUUAUGUAUUGCAUUUUUUGCACGCAAACCCUUUGUAAUAAGUUUUCUUCCAUUUUGUAACAAGCUUCUGUUUCCUUCUCUGUAAGUUUUAAUUCCUGUAGUCCCGGCUGUCAUGAUCUGCUUGAUAGAAUCCAUUUGUAAAAAAACAAGUGAACAUGCCUUUUGCAGUUAUCAGUGUAAUUACGAUUUGACACACUUUGAGUUCUUGACAGUUUCA